UCCUAUGAACUUGGUCGAAUGCUGGGCGGUGGAGAGGUCAUCGGGGAACUUCGAAUGUCGUGGGAUGAGCUAUUCGAUGUGUGACUUGCUCCUCAUUCAUGCGCAUAUCCUAAUAUCUCGGAGAUUUAUCCUUCCCACACGUGCGCGGUGUCCAACCUUUCCUCACACUGAAGGCCGCUGUUGUACAUGCUUGCGACAAUCAAAAUGGCGCACUGUCUGAUUCACUCGUAGACUGCAAGAUUUCUCGAGACACAGAUGCGGGCCACGCAAGACUUGCCAAAUACAUGGAAAGCGAGAGUGUCUCUCACUUGAACGCUGCUGUAGAGCAUUUUCAGUCGGUUCUGGACCAGUGUCCUGUCAGUCAUCUAGACCACACGACAGCUCUCACCAACCUUGCGUAUGCGCGCCUUCAAGACUAUAUUCGAGAUGAUCUUCAAGACAUCGACUCCACCACUUCUCUCUUCCGCGACGCCCUUGCAUUGCGUCCGCAGCGCCAUCCCGAUCAUCCCUUAUCUCUAUAUAAUCUCACCCUAGCCCUGACUUGGCGCCACAACAAGAGAAGUACUGCUGCCGACAUCCGCGAAGCUGCCCAAAUCUAUCAUGAGCUACUUCCUCUCUGUUUAGAGGGCACCUACCUUCGUAGCAUCGCGGCAGGGGCAAAUGGUGUCGGUCAUGUGAUCGAUGGAUGUGACGAUAUUCCAAUAGACGCAUCUGACGCAUCUGAUGAAGACAUCCACCUUGGACAAGUCGUCCUCGAACUCUGUCCUCUGAGCCAUCAACUCCGUCCGAGAACACUUAGCAAUCUUUCGUGUGCUCUCAGAUCACGCUUUAGACAGCAUGGCAGGAUCAAUGAUCUUGACACGAGCAUACAACUUGGUCGUUAAGCCGUGUCUCUGUGUCCCGAGCCACAUGCUGACCGUGAUUUCUACCUGGACAACUUGGCCUUAUCACUCGUGUCCCGCUUCAAUCACCAAGGCAGGCCUAGCGACCUUAAUGAGGUCAUCUCUUUGUAUGAAGAAGCGCUGCGUCUGUGCCCUGUUGGGCAUGAAUCUCGUGAUUACUCAUUGGACAACUUAGGGAGCGCCUGCUUCACCUUUUUCUUCAAAUGCGGCGACACUGAUGCCCUCACUCG